UCAGUCGCUGGGUUAGAGGUUACAAAUAUGGCACUGUCCUUAUCUUACAGAAUGGAAAUGUUUCAUAGUUUGCUUUAUGAUGCAUGAUUUAAGGGAUUAUUAAAUUCUAGCUAAGUAUUCCAAGUGUUGGAACAUCUUUUGUUUUGACCUUUUUGAUAGUAGUGAAAUAUCCUUAGUGCCAACAUUUGAGCUGCGUUACCUGCGUUUUUCGCACUGAGCUACAGUCAUGUCAGGGGUAAAUGUUUGGACUCGUAGCCGGGAGAGGAUGAAGCGAUUCCCCGAGUUGUUUGCCAUGUGUUCCGCAGAGGCGGCUGUUUAUGGCAAAUGUGUCGUUGCAACAACAGCUGGCAAGCAAGAACUGAAGAAAGAUUUAUGUAUAAAAGAAUUCGAAGCACUGAGGACCUGCUUCAUCUCUGCUGUAUGUGAAAUGUAAUUUGCUAAACUCUCGCAAGGCGAAACAAGGUGUAAAGUAGAGGAUGAGCAGUCGUUUCCUGGGUAUAAGCAUGCAUAAACAUAUCAGUUGCUGUUUAAAUUUAAACAUAUCAGUUGCUGUUUAAAAUUUAUAUAUAAUGUAGAUGAGCAGAUAUAUUGGUUUAUUGAAAUAUUUAAAUACAAUAUUCAUAUUAAAACAUAAAUUAUCAUGCAGAAAAUAAACAAUUUGUAUACCUCUUGGUUUCUUUGAGGAGUGAGCAAUGAUUGUGCCAGGAAAUGUACUUUUUUAACAGUGUUUACUAGUAUGGACAGGUCAUUCUGACAAUGGCUGGCUGUAUCUAUCUUUUGUUAAAAUGUAAUAAAUUAGAUCAAGAUAUAGAUAAAAUAAUUGAACUAAUCAUAACCAGACUGUUAAUUUGCUUGCAAGAGAAGGGGAUUGUAGAAGUCAAAUCAGGCAGGAUGAGUAAUGAGCUGUGUUACACCUCUAAGGGUGGCACAACACACCCUAAUUGCUUCUCUUGAAUCUGUUUUUAAAGGGUACACUAAAAAGACACCUUUUAAAGAACUGCUCCCAGCUCCAGAGAUAAACAUAAAAGGCUGGCUGAUUAAUGUUUCACUAUGGGUUUCAUGUCACUGGCACCUGAAAAGCUUACACACUUCAGCUUGCCACAUAUGGAAACACAAGCUGCAUUGGUGUUAUUGAUGCCUUGCUGCAAAACCCACACCCUUGUUAGCUAGAUGUUAAUUGAUGGAGUGGCCAUAAAGGCAAUUCAGUAAUGACUUUGGAUCAACAUACAAUUCAAAUAGCCAAUUACAGAAUGUGCAACAGUAAAAGAAGAGAUAAAUUAUGGAAGUUAUACUCAACUUCCCUCAGCUUUGACUGAAUCAUUGUAUGUGGCCUUUGGCAUCAUGUGCUGGUGAUUCUCACAUUUCCAGUGGAGUAUAAGGUGUUAUUUAAAAGGCCCUGUAGAAAUGAUUGUGUUUAGCCACUGGCUAGCCAUUUUAUAGCCAUUUAUAUACACUAAGGGAGUUGUUGAAUUUGAACUUAUUUUUAAUUUGCUAGUAAUUUGAUUAAUUUUUCACUUAAACACAACUGUCAGAAUGAUAAAUGUUUCAACAUGCAUUCUGUAAUCUCAAAUGUGCAAUUUUUUUUAAAGAACCAGUUGUGUGCAUGUUUGCAAAUGACAAUUGCACAGUCAGAGUUGAAUAAAAAUGAGCUUUUAAUUGUAGCUUUUAUUUUUUGACAAGGAAUACUUGACAUUUAAAAUCCACAGUAAUUUGAAACAGAAAAAUGGUUUCAAAGCAUGUUGUUUGUGCAUAUUGCAUAUGAAAUAUUCAGAUGGGAAAAAUUCCAGGUGGAAAAAUAAGGUGUUUGAUAUUUGAUAAGAACUCUACAACUCUAAUGCUUGAGUUGGGGAAAAGUAUUAGUAAUUAUCCAAUUUUUAUAUAAUGGUAUGGCCAAAAAAAAUUAAAAAAUAAAUUAAUAAAAAUCACAGCAAGAAGCAUUUUGUAAAGACAAACUUUAUUCCUGAAACAAAGCAUUUACUUAACAAUAUUUCCAUUAGGUUAUUGCUUAAGAGAAAAAUAUUCCUAUACACUCCACAAAGUGAGUUUGGAUUGAGCAAUGUCCAAACACUUGUACUUAAAACACAUGUAUAUGUCAAGUAUCUAAAACGUCAGCUGCAGUCUGAUAAAUUUACAAAGUGUAUAAGAUGUAUUUAAUGAAAGAUUUAAAAAAAGCUUUGAACAAAAGUUCACUACCAUUUCACAUAUGCAACAUGAACACCAGACCAGUUGACAAAAAAAAAAAAUAAAUAAAAUAAAAUAAAAAUAAUAAUAAUGCCCCAAAGGAAGGUGUCAACAAGCACAAACUUAUAAUACAUUAAGUGAAGGCUUGAAACACAAGCUAAAACCACAAACUAGUAAAGAGGAAAAGACUGAAGAAGCAGGACUGUCGCACACAUAGCAUAGGUGUAACAGACCCACAAAGCACUGGAAUCUUUAGCCAUAUAUGGAAUACAACAUGGAAUAUAAAUCUGAAAUGGAAAAAAAUCUGCAAGAAUAAAGAAUUGCAUAUUAUUUUCUCAGUUCAUUUGAAACUCUCUUGAUUCAACUUAAUUAUAAAUUAUAAUCAAGAUAUGUAAAUAAUUAUGGUAAAAUGGUCCAAUUUUAAAACACUACUUAGAGAAAUCUAGUAAUGCCAACACAAACAGAACAUCUCAAACAAAAAUGGCAAAUAAACAACAGCGGGUGAAAUAAGUAUUGAACAUGUCACCA